AUGCCAACAUCGUACACUUUGCCUGAUCUGGCCAUUAUGAUAUCAAACGAGAAGUUUGUUAUGCGUUUCUCGCAGUGUGAUGAGAAGCCCCCUCGCUGCGGCAGAUGCCGAACUAGAGGGCUGAAAUGCGACUAUGAAGAUAGAUUUAGGCCCGAAUUGUUGGCUCCUAGUUCCAUAUCGGCUUCUCACCAUCUAGGCUCAAAGAUCACUUUUGAAUUUGACAAGCUCUCCUAUGGGGCUGUGCCGGCCCCUUCGACGGUCUCCAAAGACUCCACUGAAAUUCCACUGUCACAACGUGGAUCUUUCAAAAAUAAUGCUUCUUUAUGUCGCUCUUCGGCGAUUACUGGGCCAAAAAUGGCAAUUUCAUCCCGGACUCAACUCAUCCCAGACGACCUGCAUUAUCGAGACUACCAGGUCAUGCACCAUUACUCGACAGUGACAGUCUUUACAAUUACCUCUGACUCGCGAAGACUGCCCGUUUGGCAGCAUCUGAUCCCAUCGGUAGCACAAUCUUCUGACUAUGUCAGGCACGCGUUACUGGCAUUUUCGGCUCUGCAUAUGACUCACCUCCAACCAGAGAACCAGCAUCAACAUCUUAGCCUUGCCAGUCGCCACCAAUGCACCGCUCUCUCCCGGUUUCGAAAAAGUGUAAACAGCAUUACUGCCGAGAAUGCCGAUGCGGUAUACCUGUUUUCUCUCCUGGUGCUCCUCUCUGAAUUACGGCUGAUGCAUCCGUCCUACGAGCAUUAUGACGGGAACCUUGAUCCAAUCGACAAGCUGCUUCAGCGGUUCAUCCUGAUCCGCAAUAUUGUCUCUUUGUGGAGGACCGACACGUGGUCACGUCCUGCGUCUGUCAUCAGGAACUUGAUCCAACAAUUAAAACCCAGCGAUGUCCAUAUUAUUCCGUCGGAGUUUUAUUCCAUCCUGGAAGAACUCGAGGAUCUCAACCAGAAAACGACCAUCAAUGCAGAUGAACGCGAAAUAUAUUCCCAGUCAAUCCGACAGCUGGGAAGAACCUUGGCAUUGAUAAUCGCCAAACCUAAAGAUUGGUUUCCCGCGCUAUUCUGGGCGAUUUUUGUUCCUUUGCGAUAUAUAGACGCGUUAAAAGCCAAGCGUCCUAUAAGCCUCAUCGUCCUGGCACAUUAUUGCGUUCUGAUACAUCAUUCCCCCGAGCGAUGGUGGAUGAAGGGCUGGAGCGACAGGGUCUUAAGGUCAGUGAUCCUGCUUCUUGAUGAGUCAUGGAAGCCGUAUCUGUCAUGGGCAAGACAGGCAAUGCAGCCUGAAAAGGAGCUGUUCUGUGUAGCAGGUGAAAGUUCUUUAGAAGCAGGUCUAUCUCUGCGAAGUUGUUCAGGCAGGAGAUAA